AUGAGUGGUGCAGCUUUGGGACUUGAGAUUGUUUUUGUCUUCUUCCUGGCAUUGUUUCUCCUUCAUCGAUAUGGAGAUUUUAAGAAGCAGCAUAGACUUGUGAUUAUUGGAACACUGCUUGCUUGGUAUCUCUGCUUUCUUAUCAUCUUCAUACUGCCUCUGGAUGUCAGUACGGUAAGAGGUGAAGCCAAUUUUUAAAUUAUAAAAGGAAAUUGUUAUCCCACAAACNNCAACAUUACGGGGUCCUAUGUACCUGCUGCCCCAGUGCCAAGCCACCAUCCAUGCUUCAAGCCAUGGAGUUACAUCCCUGAUGGAAUCAUGCCAGUUUUCUGGAGGGUAGUGUAUUGGACCUCACAAUUUUUAACAUGGAUUCUGCUACCGUUUAUGCAGUCAUAUGCACGAUCUGGAGGAUUUUCCAUCACUGGGAAGAUCAAAACGGCACUGAUUGAAAAUGCCAUCUAUUAUGGCACUUACUUGCUGAUAUUUGGAGCAUUUUUAAUUUAUGUAGCUGUAAACCCACAUUUGCACUUAGAAUGGAACCAGCUUCAGACAAUUGGGAUAGCUGCUGCAAACACAUGGGGUCUGUUUCUUCUCGUGCUGUUGUUGGGGUACGGCUUGGUGGAAAUUCCUCGGUCAUACUGGAAUGGAGCGAAAAAGGGUUAUCUGCUUAUGAAGACUUACUUUAAGGCAGCUAAACUAAUGACAGAGAAAGCAGAUGCAGAAGAGAAUUUAGAAGACAUUAUGGAGGAGGUUCGUAAAGUGAAUGAAAGCAUCAAGUAUAAUCACCCAUUGAGAAAAUGUGUUGAUACAAUACUUAAAAAGUGCCCCACAGAGUAUCAAGAAAAAAUGGGUAGGAACAUGGAUGACUAUGAAGAUUUUGAUGAAAAGCAUAAUACCUACCCAAGUGAGAAAAGCCUGGUCAAGCUGCAUAAACAGGUGAUUUAUUCAGUUCAGAGGCACCGGCGAACUCAAGUACAAUGGCAGAUUCUUUUGGAACAAGCAUUUUAUCUAGAAGAUGUAGCAAAAAAUGAAGCCAGUGCAACUCACCAGUUUGUUCAUACUUUUCAGUCGCCGGAGCCAGAAAAUAGAUUGGUCCAGUAUUUUUACAAUCCUACAGUUGAAUGGUACUGGGAAUGCCUCUUACGACCGUGGUUUUACAGGAUACUUGCCGUGGUUUUGUCUGUCUUCUCUGUGAUUGUUGUGUGGUCAGAGUGCACGUUCUUUAGCACCAGACCUGUCCUGUCCCUCUUUGCCGUCUUCAUACAGCUGGCAGAAAAAACAUACAAUUAUAUUUACAUCGAGAUUGCUUGCUUCCUUUCCAUCUUUUUUCUCAGUAUCUGUGUUUAUUCUACGGUGUUCAGGAUCCGUGUAUUUAACUACUAUUAUUUGGCUUCACAUCAUCAGACUGAUGCAUAUAGCCUUCUUUUCAGUGGCAUGUUAUUUUGCCGUUUAACACCUCCUCUGUGUCUUAAUUUCUUGGGUUUGACCCAUAUGGAUUCAUCCAUCUCUCACCAAAAUACUCAGCCAACUGCUUAUACAUCUAUUAUGGGUUCCAUGAAAGUUUUAUCCUUUAUUGCAGAUGGAUUCUAUAUAUAUUAUCCUAUGUUGGUAGUAAUUCUCUGCAUUGCUACAUAUUUUAGCUUGGGAACUCGCUGUUUGAAUCUUCUUGGCUUCCAGCAGUUCAUGGGUGAUAAUGAUAUGACAUCUGAUUUAGUUGAUGAAGGAAAAGAAUUAAUCAGAAGAGAGAAGAGAAAAAGACAAAGGCAAGAGGAAGGUGAAAGUCGCAGAAGAGAGUGGAAAGAACGCUAUGGACACAAUAGAGAAGAUUCCACUAGGAACAGGAAUGUUCAUGCCAACCCAAAAGAGUCUGACUUCUCUGAUGUUAGUAACAACCGGUCUGCAUCCAAAUAUACCAGGGCUAAUAGUAGGACUGAAAGAGACCGGAUAGAACUCCUCCAAGAUGCAGAGCCAUUGGAUUUCAAUGCCGAAACGUUCACUGAUGAUCCUCUUGAGGCUGAGUCAGGAAGGUAUCAACAUGCUGGACGCUAUCUCUCCAUGUCUCGUGGUACAAUGUUUGAUGAUGUCUAA